AUGGACUUGACAGGUCUAGCACCAGCUGAGGUCGAGUACCUUCAUCCCACACACUACGCGUUCCGGUGUCAAUUCCCCGGCUGCAAUGCGAGAUACCGACGCAAGGCGCACCUGAGCCGCCACGAACGAUCAACACACCUCAAGCAGAGGCAUUUCUUUUGUUCUAGCUGUGGACAUGAGUUUCAACGGAGUGAUACCCUUCGCCGUCAUAUCCAACGGCAGCAUAAAAUAAUAGAGCCGCUCAAUCGCGCGCGUCAAGCCUGUGCGGGCUGCCAUGCAGGGAAGAUUCGCUGCGAAGGGGGCAUACCAUGUGGGGAGUGUGUUCGUCGCCGAAUUCGAUGUUCGUUCCAAGAGCAUGCUUGUCUUUCAGAAGGCAGGUCAUCAAUGCGAUCGCCAUCUUUAAACACUGGAGAAUCACAGUCGUAUUAUCUGGAGAAGAGGAAGCGGUGGAUCACUCGCUAUUUUGAGAUUUUUCAUCCCCGCUGGCCUUUUGUUCAUAGAGGAUCUUUCGAUGUGCGCCAGGAGAAUCCGUUACUCUUACAAGCAAUGAUGGCUAUAGGUAUGUGGACGUCAGGGGAACCACCUGCUCAAUCGGCGGCGGAGGAGCUUUAUGAUAAACUUGACUGUGCUUUACGGGAUCAAAGGCAAAAUUGGGACGCUUCAGAGGCAGCGGAAGCCUGUAGCUCGUGCAGCUGGCCAAUUGCCACAUACCAGGCCAUCCUACUGCAUGUCAUUCUCUCUAUACUCAUGAAGGCUGAAGGUGCUGUUAACCUCGACCUCGGCAUAUCUAUUUCCACUACCGAUUUGGCAUUACUCAAAUCACUUGUUGGAAGCUGCCGAAAACUAGGCAUGUUCUUUUAUCCGAACAUGCUCGCCAGGUAUAAGGAAGCCGACCUGCCCUCGUUUGUCUGGGUGAGUAUCGAAGAACUCAAACGGUUCAGCAUGGCACUCUACAGACUUUGUACAAAGGUAAACUCUCUUGCCACAGAUAAUAGCCUGCUGCAUGCAAGAGAGCUCCAAUUCCCACCGCCAAGUAAUGAUCCCUUGUGGCACGCUGCUGGAAGAGAUGAGUGGGAGGAUAAUUUAAAGGACGAAACAAUUUCCUUGAAAGAUAACUUACAAGCCAAGUGGGUGUCAAACUUUGCAGAUGUAUUAGGCUUUGUUGGCUCAUGA